GAUAUAGUAAAUUCCCAGGUCUCAAUUAUUCUAAAAUGCAUCUUAAAACAAGAAUAUAAUGAACAAUAUAGUAACAAAAAUUUUAUUGUAUAAAUAUUUUUUUGUUUGUACUACGAUCGGUGUAAAUCGAAGAAGGCUGACGAUUAAUCGAUUUUUAUUACAGCAUGCGCAUCACUAUGCGCAACAAUAUUGACAAAUCAAUUUUUUCAGCCAGCCUCCUUCUGUCAUGUUUUCUUAUUUUCUCGGGGUGUUUGGACUUUAUGAAUUUCGUCCUUUGAAUUGGAACGGAUCCAAUUUUGGGAUAUAAAUUGUUUACCUCUUAAACUUGUUAGUCAGCGUUUUGUCGAGAUGAAUCGGAAUUUCUUUGUGGUGGUAUUUUUGUAGUGAAAAAAAUAUAUAAAACUGUUGGUACUCCGUGCAGUGAAUUUUUCGCUACACUAUGUCUUCUAUAGACAAUAUUGGUGAACAGAAGAAGGAUAUUAUGGACGACAGUGGAAUGGUGUUCGAUAUGAGCGCCCAAGACGUGACCAUGUCAACGCGUGUGUACAUGCUGGACCUGUCUGACGAUGUCCUGCUCUACAUCCUGCGGCUGUGUACUCCCCGGGAUCUGAAGGCGUUGGGAUACUCGUGCUCGCGCUUGGGCAGCCUGGUCCGCGAAAGGUCGCUAUGGCGCCACGUGGACGCGCGCUCCGAGCGGUGCAGUCGCGCGCGGCUCAAGUGGCUGCUGGAGCACGCGCUGCAUGCCGACACCCACGCGCUGAUGCUCACCGGGUACGCCAGGGACGCUGACGGAUGUAUGGGACUCAUAAAUGUGACUCGGAAGGAAGCAGAGAACGAAAUAUCAGCCUACCGUCGCAAAGAGUCCUCUGCCAAUGGAUGCACUACUGUCUGUGACGCCAUUCACGAGAUCCCCAUUCCGAUAAACAUAGACCGCAUGGAGCGACACCCAGCUAGGUUCUUCAUCAGCGCACAGCGGACCCCUCUACCCAGACACCGUUGCUUCCCGUCGUGGCCCUCGGACGGGGAGGAGGGGCGCGCGGGGCCGCAGCGCUGCAGCGGGCCCCAGUUCACCCUCUCGCGGCCCCUGCUGCAGCAGCUGGCGGCCAAGUGUCCCCAACUCACCACGCUGGCGCUGGAGUAUUGCAACAUUGACUGCAGCACUGUGAGUAUAUGCCUCCCGUCGUGGCCCUCGGACGGGGAGGAGGGGCGCGCGGGGCCGCAGCGCUGCAGCGGGCCCCAGUUCACCCUCUCGCGGCCCCUGCUGCAGCAGCUGGCGGCCAAGUGUCCCCAACUCACCACGCUGGCGCUGGAGUAUUGCAACAUUGACUGCAGCACUGUGAGUAUAUGCCUCCCGUCGUGGCCCUCGGACGGGGAGGAGGGGCGCGCGGGGCCGCAGCGCUGCAGCGGGCCCCAGUUCACCCUCUCGCGGCCCCUGCUGCAGCAGCUGGCGGCCAAGUGUCCCCAACUCACCACGCUGGCGCUGGAGUAUUGCAACAUUGACUGCAGCACUGUGAGUAUAUGCCUCCCGUCGUGGCCCUCGGACGGGGAGGAGGGGCGCGCGGGGCCGCAGCGCUGCAGCGGGCCCCAGUUCACCCUCUCGCGGCCCCUGCUGCAGCAGCUGGCGGCCAAGUGUCCCCAACUCACCACGCUGGCGCUGGAGUAUUGCAACAUUGACUGCAGCACUGUGAGUAUAUGCCUCCCGUCGUGGCCCUCGGACGGGGAGGAGGGGCGCGCGGGGCCGCAGCGCUGCAGCGGGCCCCAGUUCACCCUCUCGCGGCCCCUGCUGCAGCAGCUGGCGGCCAAGUGUCCCCAACUCACCACGCUGGCGCUGGAGUAUUGCAACAUUGACUGCAGCACUGUGAGUAUAUGCCUCCCGUCGUGGCCCUCGGACGGGGAGGAGGGGCGCGCGGGGCCGCAGCGCUGCAGCGGGCCCCAGUUCACCCUCUCGCGGCCCCUGCUGCAGCAGCUGGCGGCCAAGUGUCCCCAACUCACCACGCUGGCGCUGGAGUAUUGCAACAUUGACUGCAGCACUGUGAGUAUAUGCCUCCCGUCGUGGCCCUCGGACGGGGAGGAGGGGCGCGCGGGGCCGCAGCGCUGCAGCGGGCCCCAGUUCACCCUCUCGCGGCCCCUGCUGCAGCAGCUGGCGGCCAAGUGUCCCCAACUCACCACGCUGGCGCUGGAGUAUUGCAACAUUGACUGCAGCACUGUGAGUAUAUGCCUCCCGUCGUGGCCCUCGGACGGGGAGGAGGGGCGCGCGGGGCCGCAGCGCUGCAGCGGGCCCCAGUUCACCCUCUCGCGGCCCCUGCUGCAGCAGCUGGCGGCCAAGUGUCCCCAACUCACCACGCUGGCGCUGGAGUAUUGCAACAUUGACUGCAGCACUACAUGUCUGGGCACAUUCCCUAAGACACUGAAGAAGCUCUCGUUGCGCGGCACCAAAUGCUACAACAUGAAGUUCGACAAGUCCUUCCUGUUCAAGAUACAAGACUAUUUGCCCAUUUUGGAGAGUCUGGACGUCUCCGAGUGCGAGUGGAUGGACCCCGCCACUUUGUUACCGUUGAGCAAGUUGAGCGCGCUGCAGGAGUUGAUUAUGCAGGACUGCUACAAGCUGGCGGAGUUCGUCGCCUACGCCUCGCUCACCGCCAGAUAUGGAUUCAAGGCUCUGAAGAGUCUAGACCUGCGCGGUUCUCCGGUGGGCGACUCCGAGGUGUCGGCGCUGGGCUGGCUGCCGCAGCUGGAGAAGCUGUGGCUGAGCGCGCGCCGCACCGAGCGCGCGCGCCCGCACGCGCACUACGCGGACGACGUGCGCGCGCCGCACGCGCAGCUGCACGACUGGGAGGCCUGCGAUUCAGAUGAAACAGCUGAAAAACCAGAAGACACCAAAGAAGAUGAUAAGGGUGCAAACGCGGCUUCUACCUCCACAGGAUGCAGAAAUGAUAAGCCAGGGUGUUCGGGUGAAAGACCACAAACAAAACCUGCCAACGACAAUAAAGACGGCACAGACAAGAAGGAUAACAAAAGAAAGUCAGACAAACCUACCGACGAUGAUUCCGAUGGCAACGACCCACCAUACAAACGUCGACGAACUGGCGUCAAAAUAUCAUUCGAAAACAACACUGUAACAAAGAAAAUACUACCAGUUAUCAGAAACGAGAAUGGUUUCUUCGUUUUCGACGAAACCGAAGAAAACAAUCAGAACAAUAAUGAUAACAACGCUAACAGAAACCCUGAUAACGCUAAUGAUAAUGGGAAUGCGAAUCGUGUUAACGUACCAGAUGGUGGUAUGGUGCCGCCGAAUUUUGAGUUCAAUUUGAUAAAUCCCAUGGGCAGUAUAGAUGUUGGGAAUGUUGAAAUAGAUUUCAGCGUUGUUGAUGUCGAUGAUUUGAGGGAUAACAUGCAAAAUCGUGAUAACAAUCGUGAUAACAAUCGUGAUAAUCCUGAUAACAGAAACAAUCAGGAAUACCGUUAUCGAUACAAGAGCAAUGAUAAUAGAGAGGAGAAUGCUAAUCCCAAUGAGAAUGUCAGGGUUAGAGAUGGCCCUGAAUGUAUAGUCGAUUGUAUAAAAAUCGAUCAACUUAUCGACGUUAGCGACAAUUCGGGCGGUAGGCAGAACGAAGUAAUAGUCAUUGCAAGCUCAGCGCGUCCCAAAUCUGAACCGUCGACUUCCAAAGACAAAAAAGACCAAGAUGUCGGUAACAGAGAGAACAAACCAGAAGAUAAAGAGAACAAACAGAACUCAAAACCAGUUACCAAAAAUGAAAACCCCAACAGUACGGAUGACAAAAAGGAUGACAAACCCAAAACUGAUGAUCCGAAACCCGGUACUAGUAAAGUCAACGAGGGUGCAUCAACGUCCAAAGAGUCCAAACAACCAGAGAACGGUGACAAGGAGAAAUAUGUCUUGUUCAGAAAGAAUAAAGAUCCAGUUUACAUUAACUGUGAACGUCCAGAGAACAUGCAAAGACGUGAACCAUUGCCGGUCCAAUACCAGAUUGAACCUCGACACCAUGUCCUAUACGUAGGAGUUGGACCACAACUGAACACCUAUAGAUUCCCGAGGGAUUCUUCAGAUUUGCUCCGACACCUGAAUUAUAGACCGUCCCAUGUGGAUUCAAGUGGUUUGGUCACAGAUUUCUCUGUCCGUAGAUUUGGUAGGGCAGACGGUGAAGAUAUAAACAUAAUCCAUAUCGGACCAGAGGGUCCGAUGCUGGUCGGUCAAGCACCAGGUUCUAGACCGGAUCGGUCCAGUCUUCGGUUCUUGUCUGUGACCGGUUACAGACAUGUAACGGACCGCAGUUUGUUACACCUGGCCACUGCAGCCCCGGACUUGGAGUUCAUAGAUUUCUCUGGCACCAGCGUAACCGACAAUGGCGUUGAAAAUUUCAGAAGCUUACGCCCAGAAUGCGAUGUCGUUUAUAGUGAGUACCACAACGAUGAGAAUGACAAGAAUGAUGAUAAAAAUUAAAAAAAAAAAGAUUUAGUUGGAUGUACAUUACACGAGUCCUCGGGUAUGACGUCAGAAGUAAGUCUCCCCCCCCCCUCUGACGUCACAAUCGCCCUUAAGGAGGACUUUGUUACAUUACGCUUUUUCCGCAUGGGAUAUGACGUCAGAAGUAGAGUGGACAUUGCGUACAUUCGUUCAUUUAUUAUUGACAUUGAGUGGUAUACAAACCCCCCCCCCCUCUGACGUCACAUUCACCUCUGAGGAGGACUUUGGUACAUUACGCUUAGUCCGCUUGGGGUAUGACGUCAGAGGGAACUUAGACCAGGGGAUAUCGCGUAAUAUAUAUUUGUCAAUGGCUGUCAUUUGCUAUGCUAUGACGUCAUGCACCCUUGCACUGCAUAGUGGAGGAUAUAGUUAUAUGCUUUGUCUAUAUCAUAUACAUGUGGUUAUUGUGUCUAUUAAAUAAAAAAAAAUAAACAUUCGAUAAGGUGGAGGUACACGACUCCUCGACCGCGUAGGGUAUGACGUCAGAAGUAAGUAGAGUGGACAUUGCGUACAUUUGUUCAUUUAUUAUUGACAGUGAGUACUGUCCCUUCGCUCUGACGUCACAUUCACCCCUGAGGAGGACUAUGUUAUAUCAUGCUUAGUCCACAUGCGAUAUGUACAGAGGGAACUUAGACCAGGGGAUAUCGCGUAAUAUAAUUUCUUUGUCAAUUGCUGCCGUUCGCUCGCCUAUGACGUCACACCCACCCAUGUACUGCAUUGAAUUAAAAAAAAAUAAGCAUUUGAAAAAUUAGAGGUAAAUUACAGAAGUACCCCCUUCGCACCGCUCUGACGUCACAACCACCCCUGAGGAGGACUUUGUUAUUUUUUUUUACUAGUGCAUACCCUGAUCGACAGCCUUAUGCACGCCACCGAGGGAAGUAAGUGAUGUGGUCAUUUAUUAUUGUCAGCGAAUGCUACCUCCUCGCUCCCCUAUGACGUCAUACCCACCUCUGUACUCUGCGGAGGAGGACUUGGUUAUAUGCUUUGUCUAUAACUUGGCGAAUUCGUUCGUAACACUCUCGAUGGUCCGCGGGAGCCGGGAGGGUGCACGACUUCACAUCCGCGCACUCCUUCCCCGUCGCCCGCAUACCAUGAGAUUGUCACCAACGGACUUGCCAAGCUAUAUAUUAUAUAAAAUACAAUCUAUGACUUGGCAACUUCGUUCGUAACACUCCCGAUGGUACGCGCGGGUCGGGGGGCGUGUAGCGAUGAAUGAAAACCCCACGACUGAUGCACCUCACUUCCCUGCACGCACGAUUUCGCGCCUGCGCAGCCUUCCCCCGUCGCCCGCAUAUCAUGGGAGUGUCAUCGACCAAAUUGCCAGACCUAUAUAUUAUGCGGUCUUCGUGAAAUAGAAAUAUGGCGUGCACUUCAUAGAUGCAUAAAUGCAAUGCGUACCCUGAGGAUUCAUAACGUACAAUUUGUGUCUAUAGUGCAUGCCCUAGUUAAAAACAUUGUGCACGCCACUGAUAAUAUUACAAUUGUUAUAGCAGUGAAAUAAUAAUAGUAAAAAAUUUAAGCUCAAACGUCAAAUUGAUUUUUUCUUAUAUUCUCACAGAUUAAUCAAUAAUAUACAGAUGGAGCGUACGGAACGCGACGGUGUCGUACCCGUUACGAAUACGAAAUUCAAAAACGAAUACAUUCUCGAGUCAGUACGACACGAACCGUCGCAUCAGUAACUUUCAAUAUUAUUAAAAAAAAAAAUGGCGUCUUGUGUUUUUAAAUAUUUUAAAAAUUAGAUAGAAAAGAGAUAAGAUGAGUUUUUUUAUUGGUAAUUAUUAUUUAUUAUAUUAAUUUACGUAAUUGUUGUUAGUGUUAAAGGAGAUGGUCCAAAAUUGUAUGGAGCCCAGGUCCAGUCAUUAUACCCUGGCGGAAAUAAAAGAAAAUAUAUUUUUUAACUAUUUUUGAUUAUACAAAUCUAUGAAUUUACUUUAAUUCUUUCAAAAUAAUAUUAAUUUUCUCCCAUAAAAUGCAACACUAAUAAGAAUAAUAAUGGCGGAUUGAUGACGUUUUCAAUGCAGUAAUCGAUUUGACGUUUGCUGUCAAUUGGCAUGUCAUAGUUGCUUUAAGGGCGCCAUCUUGGCAUAACUCAAAAACUUGGGUUUUAAUUUUAUAUAUUUCUUUUUAUUUAGUUACAUUUAUUCACUUUAAUAAAUUUUAAUAAGAUUGUAUGGACCAUCUCCUUUUGUUUAAAUGCGGUUGUCAAGGAGACUUGUGACGUUUUUUUUUUUUUAAUGCAUGCAAAUUUAAAAAAAAAAAGUUGAAUUACUGACUUAUUAUUAUUAUUUCACUGCAUUUAUUUAUAUGAAAAUGGUAUUUUGAUUUUGCUAUGUAUAAUGCUAUUUGCGAAAUGGCUAAUUUGAUAUUCGCUUAUUAAUUGAUAACUAUUUCGGUGUUUUAAAUAUAUAAUAUGAAUGUACUCUUAUAUAAGUUGCAGGAAGAUCUCAAAAUAUUAAUAAAAAAUUAGUAUAUUUUGAAAGUGUUGUGCACUGAACUUUUUUUUUAUUUUUAUUUUUUUUUAAUAUGACCAAUAUUCCAAUUCCUCUCCAGUAAGUCGGGAAACACUGUGAGUGACUUUGUGAGGAGACUCGUGCUCAACAGUGAGCCGAAUAUGGCGUAUUAUUAUUUUAGUGCAAAAGAAUUUUCUUCACUUUUGCAUAUUUUUCAUCCCUAGACGCAAAUGUCAAUAUUUUUUUUUCGAGAAAGGAGUCUGGAGAAAAUUUUUUUUCGACCUUUUUAAAAAAAAAUAAAAGAAAAAGUCCCGUUAUGAAAAAACUUUAGUGUGCAACACGUUAAAUGUAUGUAGUCUAUAAAUAAUGCUGGAUUCACACUAUGAUUUCAAUUUUUUUUUACAUCUACGACCGACAGACAUACAGACCGACAAAAAUAUUGGAAAUUGACUUUUAUACUGUGUAUUUCGUAUAUCCAUACCAAUAUUAUAAAUGCGAAGUAAGUCUGUCUGUCUUAUGCCUUUUCACGGAAAAAUCACUGAUUCGAUUUAGUUGAAAAAAAAAAGAUAAUAAAUUUACAAGCUUUUGAAACGUCAAGUUUUUUGUACCGGCAAGCGAUUUAGCGUUCCGGUACGAUGUCGUGUAGAAACCGAAAGGAGUGUAGAUUUUCAUCCUCCUCCUAGCAAGUCAGCCCGCUUCCAUCUUAGUUUGCAUCAUCACUUACCAUCAGGUGAGAUUGUAGUCAAGGGCUAAAUUGUGAAAAUAAAAAAAAAAACCAAGUUUAACUAUGUAUAAAGGCUAAGUUUGAAGUUUGAUACAGGGAUAAAUAGGACCUUAGAACAAAUAUAUGCUACUUUUUAUCCCGGAAAGCCCAUGGAUCGCGCGGUAUUUGUGAAAAACGGAGAUUAAUGCGGACGGAGUCGCGAGCUUCUGCUAGUGUUUCAUAUGCGUAUAUUUAAUAUAUAUGUCACCGUUAAAUUGUAAAAUACGUUAGCUUAUAAUCUCACUCGCGAUAUUAUAAUCUGUCGUCAUAUUGUGAACUGAAAAUACUGAUUACAAUUUAACGUGUUAUUUUUCGGUAUAUUAUUAUCUAUCGAAGUGAAACUGUUAAAUUGUAAUCUUUAAACGUCAACUGUCCGAUUUUGCCCCUGAUUGUCGGAAUUACAGCAGACCGUUCUGUGUCCAUAGAGUUAGGAAUGAAACACAUAUGUCAGUCAAAUAAAAUACUUCAAGAAUUGUGACUUCACUGUAUUUAUUUAUUAUACAUAAAGACUGACCACCCGAAUUUUCAUUUUCUAACCUAACCUACUUAGCUUAUUAUUCUUGUGUAAUACUAGUCGUAAUUCUGUUUGUUGUUUGUUAAAAAAAAACCUAAAAUUACACUUAUAAUUAACAAUAACAACAUUUUACUAAUGGAAGAACAGUGUUUCACAAUAUUAAGAAACGCACUGGCCACCCUUCCGAUUUUCUUUCCCAUUGUAAUUUUUUACUAUUUUUAUUAUGCCCGCUGUAAUAUUUUUUUAACUCUAUGGUAAAUUCAUCCUGAUUGACAAUUUGACUGUUUCACUUCGAUAGAUUACAAUAUACCGAAAAAUAACACGUUAAGUUGUAAGCAAUAGGUUCAAUUCACAAUAUAUCGACAGAUUACAAUAUCGCAAUACAUAUAGUGAGAUUAUAAACUCAUAGUGUUCUAGCACUGUAUGGUUUCAGAACGUAAAACAAAAUGAAGUUCUGGAAAAUAUACACGAUGUCUGCGUACUGGCCUUGCAUACUUUCAAUAAACGCGUUUCAUAUAUCUUUUCUGUUAUGUAUGACAAACAUAUAUAUCGAUUAAGAUUAUAUACUGAUAAUUCUGUUGUUAUUUUUUAUUGCAACAUUUUUUUUGUAAAAACUAGGAAAAGCUCGCGAAUAAAAAGUAGCCUAUAUGUUGUUUGAUAACCUAUCUAUCUACCAGCGAAAGUCCCAUUAAAAUCACAUCUGUUCUAGAAAAACAGAUAGACACUUCAAUUUUAUUUAUGUAUCGAUCAUAAGUUAUUUGAAGCUUUAUUUUUUGUCAUAGUGUGACUCGAGCCUUAGUUUUUUCGAAAUUCGGUGUUAGUAUUGUAAGUUAUUAUAUAAUAAUUAUUAUUAAUAAAAAUAAUUUAGAUGUAUUAAAAAAGUAUUUAAUAAAUGUAACAGAAGCCAUAUAUCAUAAGUGUUUUAUUUCAAUCUACCCUCAAAAAUAUAUGUACCAAAUGUUUUUAGCAGUGAAAUAAUAUUUUAUUUCAAAAUUAAUGGUAAAAUAUCAAAAUCAAUCUCAAUUUCGAAAUGGCCGUAGAUUUAAAUCCUCUGUAUUUAUGAAAAAAUAAAUUGAAACAAUUUAAUAGCUUGUAAUUUAUUUACUUUAUUCGAAAACUAAAUUUCGAACUUUAUUACAUUAAUUUGAAACUUUCACGUCAAAUGGAUGUAAUUUUGGAGAUUUGAGAAAACAUGAGACAUUUUUUGAAAAUUGCUGUUUAAAAAGUAUUUAAUUUAAAGAAAUAUAAAAUGGUAGUGGAAGUUUUUUAUUAUAACUAUAAAUAAUGGUAUUUAAUUAAAGUAUUUUCGAGAUUCAGCAAUAUGUAUUUCUGAGAGUAGAUUGAAAUUAUAUAACAUUAAUGAAUAACUAAGUUGAAUUUAUAAUGUUCAUUUAAAUGUAAUAUAGUCUGUUUUAACUUAUUUUGAUUUUGGUGUAUUACUUUUUGUUCACUAUUGUAUUUUAUUCAAGACAUCUGCUUUGAAAAGAAAAGGUUUACGCAAUUGUAUAAAGCAAAUACAUAAUUUAUAUCGAACUUGCACCUUUCCGCGAAUUUAACAUAUUUUUCUGCACUUUACUCUGGUGCGUUACGAGGUAUUUUGACCUCGUAUUAAAACUUUAUGUGGUGUGUUACGAGGUCCGUCGACCUCGUAACUCUUGAACAUGCUGGGCUUACGAGGUCAAUUGACCUCGUAACUAUUGAACAUGCUGGGCUUACAAGGUCAAUUGACCUCGUAGCUCUUGAACAUGCUGGGCUUACGAGGUCAAUUGACCUCGUACCACAGCGAACAUGUUAAAGAAGGGAUUCAAUAAAAUCCGAAUAUAUUUCCAUGCAUUUUUUGUUUUGAUUUAAGGGCAGCGUUUUUGAUGAAAGCUUUCAGAUGGCUUGACUUUUCCGACACAUCCAACAGUUAUUUCAACAAUUUAACCCAAAAACUUUACAAAAUACAACCCUAACCAUAACCCCUGUUGGUCACAAGUUCGCCGUUCGGGGCUUUUGAAAAAAAAAUGUUUUUUUUUUUUUUUAAAUUAUUGAUGUGUUUUUCGAAUGUAUUAUAACAAAAAAGCUAUGUUUUUUUUAAAUAUAGUAUUAAAAAUUAUUGUCGUACAUUAAAUGUAUAUUAGAAUAAUAUUAUAAGUUUAAGUAAAAGAAUUAAAAGUUUAACUUUAUGUAUUAUGUAUAUCGAUGUAAUAGGUAAUGGUGGAUGCAGACUUACAAAACGCAACCGUUCAAAAUAUAUUUAAAGCUUUUUUACCUGCCAGUCUUUGACGGCCUCCGUGGCGCAGUGGUAUGCGCGGUGGACUUAGAAGACGGAGGUCCUGGGUUCGAUUCCCGGCUGGGCCGAUUGAGGUUUUAUUAAUUGCUCCAGCUCUGGCUGGUGGGAGGCUUCGGCCGUGGCUAGUUACCACCCUACCGACAUAUACGUACCGCCAAGCGAUUUAGCGUUCUGGUGUGAUAUCAUGUAGAAAUCGAAAAGGGUGUGGAUUUUCAUCCUUCUCCUUACAAGUUAGCCCGCUUCAAUAUUGCACUGCAUCAUCACUUUCCAUCAGAUAAGAUUGUAGUCAUGGGCUAACUUGUAAAAGAAUAAAAAAAAACAUAAUUUGACUAUCUAUUGCUUCCUCUUUCGUUACGAGAGGCCGUAAGAGAGACCGAUAUGCACAUUACAUAUUUUAAUGAUGGGAAAUGAACAAAAUCACUAAUAUUAUAAAAGUGAAAGUUUCUUAAGUGUGUAUUUUUUUCUUUACGCCGCAAUUACUUAACCUAUUUGGCUGAAAUUUAAAAUAGAGAUAGAUUCUAACCUGGACUAUAUCAAAUAUUUCUCGGAAUAAUGCAUGGACCCGCGAGAUUUAUAUAAAACAGAAACUCUGUUCUUAUCUUAUUACCUAUAUUAUAUCACUUUUUAAAUUAGUACUAGUCGACAUUAAUAAGUCAACAAAGCUGAUAUUAUGAUACUAAAUAUGCCAAAAGGAUUUUUUGAGCUUAUUUUAAACUAUCAUUACUUCGUCAGUUGAUUAACUGUUUCAUACUUUUAGCGCGGCGUGUUUAAAGUCUGCAUCCACCUUAGCGUAGGAACCCGUAGACUUUUGUAUUGCAUGGUUAAUUGUAGAAAAAAUGUAUUUUAAGAGAAGAAAAUAUUAUUAUUAUUUCAUGUUCCUUUAUAAAGGUGAUUGCAGAUUGUUGUUGUUGCAAAAGUCGCAGCGCCUUGUUAACCGGUCUUUCAAAAGGACGCGGUUAUAAAAAAAUAUAACUUAUGUCACCCUGAAAUAAAUGUAAAAAAAAAUAUUUUAAAAUUUAUUUUGAGUAUUUUAGAAUUUAAACUAUUCGCGAGUGUUAUUCAUGGCAAUUUAUUAUGAAACUGCAAAUUUUUUUUUGUGCGUUGCAAGAACCAGCUCAUGACUAAGGGCCCCGUAUGGUUUUGAAACUAUUCGGACAUACUCCGAUGUCAUAUCACGUGAGUUUUAGCUGUUCAUAAUAAAUUAUUUUAAGUAUUUUUUAUAAUAUUGUAAUAGAAACACAAAAACUAUUUAAUUUGUUAGACUAGGUAUUUUCAAAUUAAUUCUUUUUGAGCGGCACGAACAAAAUAUUUAUUAUCUAUUUCAUUAUUCUAAAAUUGUCAAAAAAGUGGUGUUAUUUCAUUGACCUCUUAUAAUAAAAAGACGCACAAUCAUGUAGAAAAUUUCACUUAAAAACUGGCCAAUUAUGCUUUGACAGUUUUAGGAUUAUUGGUAAAGAAAAUUAUACCUAAGGGCCUUUAAAAAACAGUCCAGUAUUCAAUAAAAUUCCAAAUUCAGAGCCAAUUCAACUUUAAGGAUUGAGUUUAAAGUUGAAUUUACAAAUAUGACUACUUGAAUUGAGUGCCAAGAAGUUGUGUUUGGCAGUCAUUGAGUUUUUUGGUCGCUGAUUGUGCAUCCACUUUUUAAUAGGAGAUUGAUGUGUUAUUGUGUUAAAAAUCUAGGUUUAUCUAACAGUAUUUUGUUUUUUGAUGUUUUAACCACGGAUCUGUAUUUAGCUAGACACCGCUGUUCAAUCUACAGGUUAAAAUCCAACCGUCUCUAUUGUAUCUAUUUACGAUGACGUCAUGUGGGUUUAUUGAUAAUAUACAAAUGUAUGUAAUGUAUUGAAAUAACUUUUUUUAAUGCAAUAUAAGCUUGCGCUUGACUACAAUUAAGCCUGAUGAAAAGCAUUAAGGCGGUCUAAGGUGGAAGAUUGGUUGGAGAGAAGAUGCCUAUUCACUCUUGCUUUGAAGGUGUUCAAAUUAUAAGUGUGAUUUUUUUUAUCAAAAAAAAACGUUUAUCGAGUUGAGAGAAAAUUAAAUUCGUGUUUGCUAUUCGAAUUACUUUAUAGCAACAAUGAAAGAAAAUAGCUUUAUCGAAAUGUUAUAAAGAAAUGUAAAUUGGUGCAAUGCUCAUUCGGACACGUCUUUAUAGAUGUAUGUACGGUUUCUAGUAUAAUAUUUGUCCGUGGUUUUAAUUAAUUUUAAUAAAAGAUCAACAGAACAGUUGCUUGUUACUGUAAUGCUAUCCACAAUAACAUUAGUCAAAAAAUGUCUUUCUGUAAGCGCGCGCUGAUACUGUUAAUAAGCUUCACAAAUUUUUUGACAGCACUGUCAAAAUGUCUCUCAUAUAAUAUGAACAUGAUUGAAAAACAGUCUUCAUAAUAUUUUAACGUAUAUUUUCUAUUUGUAUUUGUUUCAUAGCUUUAAUGACUUUUCAUAAUAAAUGAAACGUCUUAUAUU